AUGUCCAGCACGGUGAAGCAUGUCGUCGAUGCACAACAGUCUGGCACGGGCGAGAAAGACGCUCCGUUCGUUGUGGAUGGCAUCGAGAUGGCCAAUAUUGAAUGGAAUGGAGGCUCGGAUACUAUGGAUGAAAUUCUUGUUAGGAUACAACAACUGGAAGAAGCAGUAGUAAAGCGUGAGCGAGCUAUGGCGUACACGUUCAACCAUCAGUGGAGAGCAAGGUCUGCCACAAGUCUAGGAAACUUCAGCUAUGAAGUCGGUAAGGGUGGCUGGGGCUGGAGCUGGAUGGACCGCUGGAUCGUAGCACGCCCAUGGGAGUCGCGAUCCAUGGUCCACCCUGAGAACCCGAAGAAAGCACAGGCGAAGAAAGAGAACACCACAAACCCAUUAGCUCUCAAGCUACAAGGCUCCAUUACCCUAAGCAACAAUAUCAAUGACCGGAAAACCCUGAAAAAGAAGCCAUUGCCUUCAGCUUCUCUUACUGAUCAGAAGAAGCCAUCACCGUCGCCUUCUUCCGAUCAGAAGAAACCAGUACCGAAGGAGCAGAGAGCAAAGGCAGCUGGCACUCCUCCAAAACCAAAGGCCAAAUAUAUGAAGGGGAGUCAAGAGAAAAAGCCACAACCACAACAGAGAGUGUCUCCUCCGCUGAGCCAAGUGAGGUCUACUUUCUUGUGCACUAUCAUGUCAUCAAUCUGA